UAGUCUUUCGCAAAUAUAUUUACUAAAUCUUAUUAUGAUAAAAUUAUAAUCCAUUCCAAAUUUCCUGCGAAGUAUGGCUGCUAUUCUUCGAAGCAGUCGCAUUUUAAGAAGUCUCUUAACAAAACGACUUGCUGCAAUAUCUUCGAGAACAGAAAUUGUCAAUAGGUUUACAAAUGGAUUACAAUCAAAUGCUAUUGGUACGAACUCUACAAAUCCAACAAAUCCUAUGAGCUCUAAUGAUGUCUCAGCACAGCAAAUCAGACGUUAUACACCAAUACAAUCCGAUAUAUAUGAUGUACGAGGUGCAGUAGCGCAACCAGCGUUAGGAUUAAAAAUUGGACAUUCACCUCCGUCCAAGUUGGGGAUGGCAAAGCUUGGUACAGACACCUUGCCGCCUAGAAAUCCAUCUGAAACAGGCACAAACAAAAGUAUUAAUGAAGGAACACAGGUAGGUAGUGCAUGUACAAAUACCAUUGUAGUGGUAGCAAAUAAUUCUGAGGCUACAUCUCAAACUCAACCAAUACCAAACAAUUUAACACCGAUAGUUAAUGUACAAAACCCUGCUUCUCCUAUGGAAACAUCUUCACAGAGUGCAUUAGAAGCGACAACUAUUAAGCAGAGCUUCUUACCUGUGUGUCAAAAUAAAAUAGUAACAAAAAGUUUGAUACUAGCAGUAGAUAUACAACACCAUAUUUCUUCUAUGGAUACAUAUUCAGAGAGUAUGUUAGAAGCGACAGCUAAAAUGCAAAACUCUUUACCGCCUAUGAGUAUGGCAGCCGGAGCAGACAAAUCUGGUUCUUCACCUCCAAAGAAACCACCUGAUGUAAACAUUUCUUCAGUAAAUACCACUAAUAUAGGACCGCAUGAAAAAGGUAAUAAGUGCCCUAAGUUUGUUCCAAAACCACCAGUUAGCAAAUCAACAUGUGAAGAUACACUUAUUGUACCUACAGAACCAUGCCGCUUAGCACAAUCGAUUGUGACAUGGUCAUCAAAAGUACCGUCUGACCCAUGCAAACCCCCGACGAGCACGGGUUCAAAAAGCACAUCAAGCUGUGAAAAGAAACCAGAAUCCAAAAAAUCAUCCUGUGCAUCAAAGAAGGAAACUCCACCAAGCUCUGAAAAAAAAGCAGGCUGUGCACCAAAGAAGAAAACUGCAUCAAGCUCUGAAAAAAAAUCAGCCUGUGCAUCAAAGAAGGACACUCCAACAAAAUCAGCCUGUGCAUCAAAGAAGGCAACUCCAUCAAAAACAGAAUCCAAGAAAUCAGCCUGUGCAUCAAAGAAGGAAACUCCAACAAAAUCAGACUGUGCAUCCAAAAAGGAAACUCCACCAAGCUCCGAAAAAAAAUCUUCAAUAUGCUUCGAUAAAAAACCAGCCUGUGUAUCUACGAAGACACCUCCAAUAAGCUGUGAAAUUACACAAGAAUCCAAGAAACCAACCAGUUCAACAAAGAAGGAAGGCUGUGCACCAAAGAAGAAAACUGCAUCAAGCUCCGAAAAAAAAUCAGGCUGUGCACCAAAGAAGAAAACUCCACAAAGCUCUGACAAAAAGUCAGCUUGUGCAUCAAAGAAGGAAGCUCCAACAAAAUCAGCCUGUGCACCAAAGAAGGAAACUUCAUCAAGCUGUGAAAAAAAAACAGAAUCCAAGAAAUCAGACUGUGGACCAAAAAAGGAAACUUCAUCAAGCUGUGAAAAAGAAGCCGAAGGUGAUAAAAAGUCAGUGGAAGGUACAAAAUGUAAAAUACCAAUGAGCACUGGUAGAUUAGUCAAUGCUGAGCCUUCUGCUGCUGAUAAGAAACCUAACACAUGUGGAAAAACAAAAGCAAAUAAGCGACCAGAAAGCAAAAAAUGCAUGGAAGAUCCGUGUGUAAAGCUUUUAGGACUUGAAUGUGGAAAUAAAACCAAUAAAGCAAAAGAUGGUGGAAAUAAAUGCAGAAUUCCAAUGAAAGAAGGUUCCAUGGUAGAUCCAGGUGAUAGUAAAAGUGGAUCAAAAAGUGGAUCAAAAAGUGAAUCAAAAAGUGGAUCAAAAAGUGGAUGCUCAAAGGGUGCGCCUAAGCCCUCUUCGGGAUCAAAAGUCAAAUUCCUGGCAGUGCCGAAAAAAUUAUUAUCUAACACUAUCGAUACAAAUUUAAUAGAUACUUCAAAUUCUACAAUGUUAAAAGAUAAUGCUGUAAGACCAGUAAUUCCAGCUUUAGGCACUGAUAAGAUGGAAAAUCCAGAUGAUAUUAUUCAAAUUAUGGAGGCACCGACCAAACAACCUGUCCAUACAACUGUUACAAGUUUAAAGAAUGUGCCUUGUUUUCCGAUAUUAGACAUAAAUCCUAUUAGACCAGUAAUUCCAACUUUUCGUAAGGAUCAGAUGGAGAAUCCUGAUGACAUUAUUCAAAUUAUGCAACCACUAACAAUUCAACCACACAAUACGAUGGAUAUAAGUUUAAACAAUGCAUCUAACACUCCCAUAUUAAAAAUGAGUACUAUGAAGCCAGUAAUUUCGUCUUUGGUUGCAGAUCAGAUGGAAAACCCAGAUGAUAUAAUUCAAAUUAUAGGUGCACUACAAAGUCAAACAGCCAGUACAACUGAAAUAGGUUUAGAAAGUACGCCUAAGUAUGCGGCAUUAAAAAUGAAUCCCAUAAAACCAGAAAUUUCUACUUUGAAUGAGAAUAAAAUAGAAAAUCCGGAUAAUAUUGUUCAAAUAAUGGAAGCACCUAGCAGUCUUCAAGUAAAAUCAACUGGCAUAAGUUUAAAAAGUAGACCUGACUCUUCAUCAUUGAAAGGGAAUUCAGUGACUCCAACUUUGGAUACUAAUCAAAAGAAAAAUCCUACUUUGAAUGAGAAUCAAAUGGAAAAUCCGGAUAAUAUUAUUCAAAUUAUGGAAGCACCUAGCAGUAUUCAAGUAAAAUCAACUGACAUAAGUUUAAAAAGUAGAUCUGACUCUUCAUCAUUGAAAGGGAAUUCAGUGACUUCAACUUUGGAUACUAAUCAAAAAAAAAACACUACUGAAAAUUCUAAAAGCCAGAAAACAGCUGAACUACUCACGCAAAAAAACACUGAAAUACCGAGGGUAAGGAAAGAACUGUUAUUGACAAAUGCUCAAAGUACGUCACGAAAACUUGACGAAGCAAGGGAAGUUGAUAGAAAUAGGAAUACAGAAAGAAACCAUCAUAAGUUACAACCAAAGCCAGUUAGUACUUCUAAAAUGCAAAUUCAAGCUAAACCAAAUAAAACAUUUGAAAAUAAAAGUGAUACAAAGGUGCAACAUGAAUUUAAAUGGUUUAAAUUUAUUCCACGAACAAAUAGACAUAAAUCUAAGACUCCAGAGGAAGUAAUCCAAAGACCAGAGACACCAACAUAUAAUCCUAUUAAAUACAUAGAGAAAUCGGUAAGCAUGAAAGUCAAAGAUCUUCGAACAAGUUUAGAUCUUGUUAAAUCGAAAACAAAUUUGAAGACGCAUAGUGAAAUCCAAAUAAAAAUGCAGACAUCAACAAAAGAAAAAUUGCAGCCCUUAUGUGAUACUACACCUUCAAAACCAAUUGAAAAGGAAGAGAAUUUGUCAACUAGUAUUUCAAACCCACUAGAGAAGACAGUGAAACCAUCUGUAAAAGGAAACACUUCUUCCCAAGGUGAAGGGCAAUCUAUCGCGGAUAAAAAAUUGAAAAUGUCUUUAGUUCCUAAGCUUACUGCACCAAUCCAAAACACGAAUAAGUAUAUUGACAGCAAAAAGAACACUAAAACUGUGACUGAAGAAAUUGUAGAUAAAUGUUUUCAGUUUUUUUCAAAGAAGGUUAUGUCAGGUACAUCGCAGAAUUCCGAACCUUCAGCUGAAAAAAAAAUUCAGAUAAACAACACGUCGUCUGUGGCUUCUAAGGAAACUUCUUCAUUAAAAAAAUCUCUAACUCAUUUAAAUGACAAACUGGGUAUUGAAAAUCCUAUAAAAGUAUCUACUUGUGACAAAGCAAUUUGUCGAGAUAGUUUGUUAAGCAGAACUCCGUGGAAAACUAAUGAAAACUUUAAUCAAAAUCAAAUCAAAGUGAAAAAUGAAAAUGUGACAUCAAAAUCAGACAGUUCAAAGGACUUCUUAAGUAUAAAGCGACCAGCGGUAGUGAAUCCGAUCUCCUCAAAAACAAAUGUUUCUACCAAUACAUCUAAUAACAUAGAAGAAAAAUUGAAAAAAUAUGUUGUGUCUACAUCACAGCUUGUUUCGGAACUGGACUCUGGCAAUACAGAAAACUCAAGUUCUCCGCCAACAAAUCAUUCUAAAACUACCUCAUUUUCAUCUAAAGAAACAAAACUAGUUGAUCCUUCAAGAAUGAAGUAUGCUGAAUCUGUACUACCCAAACCCGCAGAAACUCUUCCUACAAAAAAACCAUUAGAAGUAGCAGCUUCUACCUUGCCUGUAAAAAAUGAAGAAGUCAACACUAACUCCUUUCUGUCGGAAAAAGAGAAUUUGAAAGGAUCGCAACUAAUAAUCCAAUCGAAUCAAGAUAUCGAAGACCGUGAUAAGGAAACUAAAGAGAUAGAAGAGUUUAAAAGAACUGCAAACCAAAUUUUAAUGGAAAUUGAUGCAAUUUUACAUACUGAAACCUGCUCUAAAUCUAGAACCGAUGCAUUGCCCGAACAUUCGAGGAUUCCGUCUGUUUCUCACCAGGAGGUAUCUGAAAGCAAAAUGAGCACAGAAAAUAAUUUAAGUAAGGAGGGCCAUUCCCCUGUUCUGUUGAAGAGUGAACCAGUUUUAAAUAACUCAUCAUUAGAGAAACAAAUCAAAGUUUCAUCUAUCAAAGUGAGUCCUCUAGAUAUAAAGCAUAAUGAAAUGAAAUUUGUUUACCCCAAAGCAAAUGAAGAAAAGGUUGAUAAACUAAACGUCCAUGAAAAAUCUAAAUCCAGAUCUUUGAAUAAAAUAACACCUAAAGCUUCUACAUCUUCAAUAGUCAGGUCAGUAGUUUCAAAGUAUAAUCAAAUGAAAGCUUCUUUUACAAAACUGCCUAUUUCAAAGAGCACUUCCAAAUUAUCAUCAAAGACCAAUACACAGCAUAAGGACAUUAAAUCUUCUACAAAACUACGAAAUGAUAAAAAGAUUGAACUGCCAAUUCACAGUGACAAUUCGAAAACAGCUUCGGCUGGUAAAAUACCUUAUAAAGUUUCCGAAACCGAUGCUUUAUGGAGUCAUAAAGCAUCUAAGCAUAAUAAUAAUAAAUUUCCAACUAAGUUAGUUUCUAAAAACAAAGUAAUGCCUAAAAACCCUGAAAUUCAAAAUGUUGACCAAAGAAAAUCUUCUAAAGAAUUGCAAACAAAAAAAAAUGAAAAGCCGAUUUCCACUGAUUUGACCAACUCUGGAACUAGCAAUAAAACAAUUUACAAAGGUUCCAAAACUUCCUUUAUAAAGUCUGAUGAGUCGAAAAUUAAUCAAACGAAAUCUUCUGCUAAUAUAAAUAGAAGAAACGCUGAUAGUCAUGUUAACUGGGAAGCAUCAAAAUUAGCUUUGAAUAGAAACGUACAGUUUAAAAACUCCGUAACUUCUUUCGGGCGCUCUGAAGUUCCAAAACCUACUAAAACUUCUACAGAAGUGCGUAGAAGAAAAACGGAAAACCAAAAUACUAAAAAUGUUUCAAAGUCGGCAGAUAAAUCAGAUAUAGACUCAAAAACUAUGUCUGCUUCUACCGCUUUAUCUAUAAAAACAAAAGAAAUGAUAAAAGCACAGAAACGAUUGACUGCAAUUGAAAAAGCUGAAAGUUCUCCACGAGUACCACGUCGUGAAGAGGACUUUUCACCAUACCGUACUCCAACAGCUACUUCGCAAUUAGCUAAAACAGCUAAAGCCUUACAUUUCGAAAAACAGGAAGCUUCAGACAGAAAAGCUAAAGUGAAAAUACAUGUUCCUGGUUUGUCGAGUACACCAGAAUUCGGGAAAUCGGGAUCUACUAAGAUAUCAACUCAUAUUAAGCAAGCACCUACAGAUCCUUCAUCUGAAGAUGUCAGCAAGGCUAAAACUUUAAUUAAAUCAAUGCCAGAAUCUGAUAUAAACUUCAGGCGGUCUAGAUCAUUAUUUGCCCCAAAUAAAGCAAAGUCCUUAAUGGAGCCAAAAAACCAAUUAUCUUCAAAAAAUCAAAACAAUCCCAUAAAAGCCUCAUAUGGAAGUAUUGAUCCUGAAAAGAAGGCUUCAGAUAGAUUAAGCAGUACAACAAGGAAAUUAAAUAAAAAUGACGGAUCGGAAUUAACUUCUACUACAAAACAAGAAGUGAAAUCAGUAAAAAUAGUCAAUGAUCCCGCGAAGGAAACAGAAAGCAAAACACCAGUAUCAAUAAAAGAAUUACAAAUGAAGUCAGCCUUGCAGCUAGCUGUUGAAAAUACAGCAAAAGUAAAUCAAAACAAGAAGACAAAAUCAUUUGGACCAAAUGGUGGCUGGACACCAUUACCUGUACCUGCUCACAAGACUGAGCAAUCGCCUACUCAACAGAAAUCUACUGCUCAACAGAAAUCUACCACGGAUGUCAAUAAAAAAAAUCCAAAAAAAAUACAUACACUAGCAUUUAUUCAAGAUAAUGCUAAAACUGCCGACUGAUGAAGGAUUGAUGCUGAAAGAGCAGUGUCUUUGAAAUUAUUAUUUCUUUCUCAAAAUUCCCAUCGAAUAAGAACACAAAAUGCCGAAUCAUUUUCUCAUGUAUAAAUAUUUUUUCGCUGAGUAUAAAAUAGAAAUAAUAAACAAUAACAAAAGUA